AUGGAAUCGGAAGCGGGAGUACCAGACUACGAUCUCAAGGUCUUUCUUUCACCCACAACGCUUGGAAUCAGCCCAACGGUCUCAAAACCCAACUCCAAGCUUUUGUUGAAGAAACUCGCCCGCCCAUUUCAUGUCGACAACAUUUCCAAGGAAGCCCUGAAUUCGCUUGUCAAUGAAUUCUGUGCCCAAACCUUGGAAGACAUGCAAUAUGGCGACGAUUUUCUCCAAGCAAUUCAGGCCCAGCCUUCUUUCUUUCGGCCUGCGCUUACGAAUCCCCGCAUGGAAGAUUACUGGGUCAGUAAAGCCACCAGCCAUGCUUUGUGCCGCCUGCUCAACAACUCCAAGCCUGACGCUUUCAAAGUCGAUGGAAAAAACCUACCCAUAGCCCAAGUCCUGGACGACUAUUGCAGCCUGUUCGAAGAUACCAUGGGUGACACCCUCUCACCAGCAGCUGCGCUGGAUCGACUGUGUUCGCAAGAAACCCCAGCUUUUACUGGGCAACAACACAUCCAGCUUGCGUUAUGGGACCUUUUUGCGAUGAUAUCGGCCCCAUCGAUUUACUUUGACCCUGUCAAAGUGGCCCAUGCAACGCAAACACUCAAUCUGGUGUCCCUCGAUUGCACGAAGCUGCUUUUAUGGUCUGAUGAUACCCUAUCUGACUGGGUGACCUCAGACCUGGGGAAAGUCAUGCUCUCAUCUGCCACCAUGAGGCCUUUCAGUGCUGCUUUCGAAGCACUGGCAUCGACAAGUGUAUGCUCCAGCCCAUAA